AUGGCCAUCAGAAAGAGAAAUAAAAUCAAAAUAUCAAAAUUUUCAAAUAAAGACGAAGAGAAUGUUUCCAAAUCAAAUAAGGUAACAUUAUCCUUAGGGUUUUCUGAAGAAGAAGAGGAUGCUGAGACAUACAUCAAUUUAAAACCUAUUAAACCAAAUGCACCAUUGAAAUCUACAUCUAACGGUAUAACUAAUAAUGUAACAAAAGUCAAUUUUCAUAAACCAAUAACAACAACAGAAGAAGAUGAAGUGGAAGAUAUAUUAUACCAAGAUGAAUUAAAUAAACUGAAGAAUAAAACUCAUGAUCAACCGAAACAAGUUAUAAUGAAUCUUGAAGACAUGAUUUCAGUAGGUGAGAUUUCAGAUGAUGAGGAAAAUGCUAAUAUACCUAAUACUAACAAGCUAUUUAAGGGUAACGAUAAACAGAGUAAUGCCAAAAGGCUCUCUGAUAAAGAUAUACGAUCACAAGAAAAAGAAUACAUCAAAUUGAUGGAUGAAAAUGAUAAAUUCACCUUAAUGGACACACUAACUAAGAACGGAAGAGUUAAACUAUCUCAAUUAAAUAAAAAUGAAGGCGACUAUAAAUACAAUGAUGAGCUUGAAGGAGGAGAAUUUGCUGAUGAAAGGUUACCCUUAAGUAAUAAAGAGCAAAUUCAUCAAACAAGUCUUCGAAGAAAACAAAUUGAGGAAGCUAUAUCCAAUAUCCCUUUAAAAGAAUUUAAGGAGAAUGUGGAAACAAUAUCAACUUUAAAAGCACGACUCCCUACUUUAUGUGAUGAUGAAGAGUUUAAUUCAGGCGAUUAUAAUAAUCUUGACGAUAUUCUUAAUCAAAAUAAGUUAAAUAUUAAAAAAAUUGAGAUUGAAAUAAAAAUAGUAACUAAAAAACAAGAAGCUUUAAUAAAUAGUCGAAAUAAUUUAAUUGAACAAUUAAAUAAAAUCUCAUUAUAA